GAGAGUCAAGAUGGCGGCGAGGGGGAGCGGGAGCAGCCCCGGAGCCUGAGCCGCUGACAGGGGCGGACUGCGCGGCGGCGGCAGGAGGAGGAUGGCCCGCGGCGCUGGCGCCGGUGCGGACGGCGGUGCGGGCGGCGGCGGCGGCGGCGGCCCCAGCGGCAGCAGCAGCGGCGGGAGGCGCCUCCGGGAAAUGGAUGAAAAGAGGCUGCUGGAUCCAGGGUUGAAAGUCUGUGGAGGCCUCUGGAGUUGUGCUCUGAAGAACCAGCAGAUGGAAGGUCUGAGUGACUGAAGAAAAUGGGUGCUAAUGCAUCUAACUAUCCUCAUUCAUGUUCCCCGAGGGUAGGGGCAAAUUCUCAAGCCCAGCAGACUUUUAUAGGGACAUCAUCCUUUUCUCAGCAAGGCUAUGGUUGUGAGUCAAAAUUAUAUAGCCUUGACCAUGGCCACGAGAAACCACAAGACAAAAAAAAGAGAACCUCGGGCCUUGCCACCCUCAAAAAGAAGUUUAUUAAACGUCGAAAAUCUAAUAGGUCUGCUGAUCAUGCCAAGCAGAUGCGAGAACUCCUCUCUGGGUGGGAUGUUAGAGAUGUCAAUGCGUUAGUGGAGGAAUAUGAGGGAACUUCAGCCUUAAAGGAACUUUCUCUACAAGCCAGUUUGGCUAGACCAGAAGCCCGGACAUUGCAGAAAGAUAUGGCCGACCUGUAUGAGUUCAAGUAUUGUACUGAUGUAGACUUAAUAUUUCAAGAAACGUGUUUUCCUGUUCAUCGUGCCAUUUUGGCGGCAAGGUGUCCAUUUUUUAAAACGUUGCUUUCUUCCUCACCUGAGUAUGGGGCAGAGAUCAUCAUGGACAUCAGUACAGCUGGUAUAGACAUGCCCAUGUUUUCUGCUUUGCUACACUACCUUUAUACAGGAGAGUUUGGAAUGGAGGACUCAAGGUUUCAAAAUGUCGAUAUCCUUGUUCAGCUUAGUGAAGAAUUUGGAACACCAAAUCCCCUGGAUGUAGAUAUGCGUGGACUCUUUGAUUACAUGUGUUACUACGAUGUCGUCCUUAGUUUCUCUUCCGACUCUGAACUGGUUGAAGCUUUUGGUGGCAAUCAGAGCUGUUUAGAUGAAGAGCUCAAGGCUCACAAAGCUAUUAUUUCAGCAAGGUCCCCAUUCUUUCGAAAUUUAUUGCAAAGGAGGAUACGAACUGGUGAAGAAAUCACAGACCGAACUCUGAGGACUCCUACAAGAAUUAUAUUAGAUGAGACCAUUAUACCAAAAAAAUAUGCAAAAGUGAUACUACACUGUAUGUACACUGACGUGGUGGACCUCUCGGUGUUGCACUGCAGCCCCUCCGUGGGCAGUCUCAGUGAAGUCCAGGCUCUCGUCGCGGGGAAGCCAAACAUGACCAGGGCAGAGGAAGCCAUGGAACUUUACCACAUAGCACUGUUCUUGGAAUUUAACAUGCUUGCACAAGGCUGUGAGGAUAUCAUUGCUGAGAGCAUCUCAUUAGAUACCUUAAUUGCCAUCCUCAAGUGGAGCUCUCAUCCAUAUGGCUCUAAGUGGGUACACCGACAAGCUUUACAUUUCCUCUGUGAGGAAUUUUCCCAGGUCAUGACUUCGGAUGUUUUUUAUGAACUCAGCAAAGACCAUCUGCUUACUGCUAUCCAGUCUGACUACCUACAGGCAAGUGAACAAGAUAUCCUUAAAUAUUUGAUUAAAUGGGGUGAGCAUCAGUUGAUGAGAAGAAUAGCAGACAGAGAACCGAACUUACUGAGUGGUACUGCUCACAGUGUGAACAAAAGAGGCGUGAAAAGACGAGACCUGGACAUGGAAGAACUGAGAGAGAUCCUCUCCUCCAUCCUGCCUUUCGUGCGGAUCGAGCACAUCUUACCCACCAACAGUGAAGUCCUCAGUGACACGAUGAAAAGAGGCUUGAUUAGUACUCCUCCAUCAGAUAUGCUUCCUACAACAGAAGGCGGCAAGUCAAAUGCCUGGUUACGGCAAAAAAAUGCUGGGAUCUAUGUGCGCCCCCGUCUGUUCUCCCCUUACGUGGAAGAAGCAAAGUCAGUGCUAGACGAGAUGAUGGUGGAACAAACAGAUCUUGUGCGUUUGCGGAUGGUCAGGAUGUCCAACGUGCCAGAUACGCUGUACAUGGUCAGCAACGCUGUGCCACAGUGCUGUCACAUGAUCAGCCACCAGCAGAUCAGUAGUAACCAGUCCAGCCCUCCUUCAGUUGUAGCCAACGAAAUUCCAGUUCCUCGCCUGCUCAUCAUGAAGGACAUGGUCCGCCGUCUGCAGGAGCUGCGCCACACGGAGCGGGUGCAGCGGGCCUACGCACUCAACUGUGGCGAGGGGGCCACCGUGAGCUACGAGAUUCAGAUCCGAGUGCUGAGAGAGUUUGGCCUGGCAGACGCGGCUGCAGAGCUCUUGCAGAACCCUCACAAGUUCUUCCCGGAUGAACGUUUUGGGGACGAGAGUCCACUCUUGACAAUGAGGCAGUCACAGGCCGGGAGGUGUCGCGUGAACAGCACCCCUGCAGCAGAAACCAUGUUUACAGACCUGGACUCUUUUGUGGCCUUUCAUCCGCCCUUGCCCCCUCCGCCGCCACCGUACCACCCUCCAGCGACCCCGCUCCAUAACCAGCUCAAGGCCGGCUGGAAGCAAAGACCUCCCAGUCAGCAGCCGUCACGGUCCUUUUCCUACCCCUGCAAUCACUCGCUGUUUCACUCCAGAACGGCCCCGAAAGCUGGCCCCCCUCCCGUCUACUUGCCAGGUGUCAAAGCAGCGGCCCCUGAUUGUACCACCCCCUCCGGGCUGGGGAGACAGACGGUAGCUGCUGCCACGGCGUCCUCGACGAUAGCACCGGAGAAGCAAGUGUGCGCGCAGCCCGCCCUCAACGACCUGAUGCCGGACAUCGCCAUGGGGGUGUCCACACUGUCACUCAAGGACCGGAGGCUUCCAGAACUUGCUGUGGACACAGAAUUGAGCCAGCCGGUGUCUGAAGUCGGACCGGGGCCGUCUCAGCAGCAUCUGUCCUGUGUCCCCCCGAGACACCCGCACACGUCUCGGAAGAAACACGCGCUCGAGGCCCAGGCGGAGGCUCGGGAGGCCCAGCAGGAGUAUCCGGACUUCUACGACUUCUCCCACACCGCCUGCAGGCCGCCCAGCCCGGCCCCCGGCGGGCGCAGCCCCUCCCCUGCCAGGGCCGGGUACCUGGGUCCCGACCUGUAUAGCCACAGCAAGGCGUCGCCGAGCGGCGUGAAGCCCGCCUACCUGCCCAGCCAGGCCUCUCCGAAGAAGCAGGAGGAGGCCCGGAGAGACGGCCCGCGGUCCCCGGAGCGGCACCCGCACCCGCAGAAGAGCGAGCCCACACACCUCGACGUCCUCGAGCAGCCCCCGCGCUCAGACCUGGCCUCCGCAGCCCCCGAGACCGCGGGCGGCGCGGCAGGGGCCCCGGCCCACGGCAGGGGCCGAGCGGCAGGGGAAACGGACCUGACGUUCGGGCUGACGCCGGGCCUGCCGCCCCUCCCCGCCGCGUGUAGCUCCGAGGUGCCGGAAGAGAGAGCCAGCCGGAGACUGGCAGAGCCGGGGGCCCCGGGGCCCGGAGCCCCGAGGAGUGCACAGGUGGAGAGGGAAGACUCGCUCAGCAGAGGGAGGAGGUCCCCGAGCAAGCCCGACUUCCUCUACAAGAAGUCGGCCCUCUGAGAGCCUCCCCGUCGGCCGUCCGCGCGGGGGCGGUGAAGCGUCCCUCCUCGGGAUGCGCCAGAAACUCACGGGCAGUCUGUCGAUGCCAGCGGAUCACUCGGUCUCACAUCCUUCUGUUCUCUUUUCUGUACAUACAUGUUGAUUAGACAUGGCAUGCUAAGAGGGUUAUUUUGAAUGCUGCAUCUGUCUAUUUUGUGUUGAACAGUUGUGUGAGGAAACGUUUUUAAGAGCAAGCAAGCUGCCACCUUUCCCCCACCCUCUUUAUAAAUGAUGGAAUUCUUUUGCACUUGUACAUCUAUUUUAUCUGUAUUAAUUUUAUAUAAGUAUGUUAAACUUUAUUGCCACAUUUAAAGGACUGUAUUUUCAUACUUUUUUGCAUUUUACCUUUCAUCUACCAAUUUUCACUACUGUGCAGUGGAUCGCACAGCCAAGAUGUAUUUUCUUAUGAGAUAUUUCCGUCUUUAUUUUUUAAUUAUAGAAAUUCCAAAGAACAGCACAUCAAAAUGCUCCUCUCUUCAGUAACUGUCUUAAGUUCAGAAAUCUUCCUGCUCAGUCGUCAGAAAUCUAAUGUCAUUCUUGUUUUGUUUUUUUCAUUUUUACCCAAGCGGGGAGCUGGUUUGUGCUUCUCCAGCCAGAGUCCCAUCAGAAACCUGACGUGUUCUGGCUCCGUGAGGAACAGGAAGGAGAACAAAUGGCCGUUCACCCCCAGACAAGAGCUGCGGCUCUGCUCACUGCGGGUGCCGUUCCAGAGCAGGUCCGUUUCCUGGGACCCGAAAGCCGUGGGGUCUCCGUCACUCUGGGGGCUGCGUCUGCGGCCCAGAUGCGCUCGCUGGAGAGCGGGCCCCGCUGCCGGCCCUUGUCUUGCUCUCUGUAGGAAAACUAGAAAACAAAAGGGCUUCAGUCACAGGGAUGUCAUUGGUCAUUGAUGUUUGUAAGUAAGCAAAUGCAAUUUUUAUUUUCAAAUGUUUUUCAACAUGUGUUUGAAUUUUGGUGUCCUACUUUAAAAAAAAAAAAGUUCAUUGUAUAAUGCAUAACGCUCUGUCACCAAAAAGAGAGAGAGACAGAGACUCCCCCUCCCCCACCCCAGUGAAACACUCCAUGUUCGACUCGAACCCAGGGGGACACUGGUUGGGGUUUGACGGAACCACUGAGCACACGGGGUCUUUCAGGUCCUCUCCGGAGAAGGACAACACAAGAGCUAAAGACUUCUCCUUCCUCUCCGGUGUAAAUACACGCGCCUCUGAGUUUCCCCGUCACCGUAUUUGAACACUCACUUUGUAUUUUACACACAUAGACACAUACACAGCCGGAGCACCUGAAGAAGAGGGUCUCUGAGCACCCCAUCGCGUGCAGGGUGUCUGGGCCCCUCUUCCCUGUGUCUGUAUAUAGAUAAUGGAACUGACACACUCGCUCAUACUGCAGGCCGAGGGAGCCGGGAACGCCGCGUGCUCUCCAUUCGCUAGGUUUCCGUUGGUGUCGCAGCUCUGAGGUUUCUCUUCCAGCCCUGUGCUCCUGUACCCUGUGGAUGUACACUCAGGAAUAAGCUGACAUUACAAGCAAAGUCCUAACCGUCUCAGAUGGGAAACCGCCAAGCGCUCGCCCGCGUGUGUGGGACGCUCCGGGCCUUCCGUGAAAGGUAGAAAAGCCAGGACUCCGCUUAUUUUUUAGGAUGUUUGGCUCUUCACUAUCAACGAUGGCUCUUGGGAGCCAGUUCCCAUCAUCUGUCUUCAGACCCAAAAGUCGUUCCUUCCACCCUAGCCCCUGAUGUGUAUUUACGUGCCGGUGUUGACCUGAGCUGCUGCUCUGUUCGCUUCUCCAUUUCUGUUCCAUGUCCAGGCGGCCCUGUGCCAGGUCUGCAGCGGGGCAGAAAUGUGCAUCACUUACCUGCCAGGGGUGUUUAUUUACUCUUGGACCAGAACCUUGGAUGCCAAUCAGUAACUGUGCUGGAAAUGGAAUCCUCUUUCACCUCCCUAAAGUGUUUGUAAAAAAUCACUGUUCCCUGUUGAAUUGAUGGAGCUUGCUUGGACUGGUCUCGCAGCUUAGCAAGCGAACCUGUGUGUGUAGAAACUAGCUUUGGUCCUUGGGAUUGUGGACUGGCGUGACCUGCAGAAAGUGAACACGUGGCUGGUUUGUGUGUUAAGGUCAGUGAAGUGCACUUCUUCGGCGUCUUGUGAAGUCCUUUCGUUACUAGGGUGUGUUGACUAGCUUCGUGCCUAUAGCCUUUGAACCCAUCCCAUGUCCCUUUUUUCUUGGCUCACCAAGCAUCUUUAGUCUCUGGUGAACUAAGGUCAUGAGAGGUCUGUGGAAGACUGCUCUCGGGAAACAGAAGUACAGUGAUCUGUGUCGUGUCAUAUCCCAAGUCCCAGCCUGCUCCUUCUAGAAAAACACAGAGAAAACCAAAUCGCCCGGCUGUCCUACGGCUUCGACAAUCAGGCCCUCAGACAAUCUGGAGCCAGAGCGGGGAGCCUCUUUGCUUCUAAAUCCAGCUGUUCUCUUUCUUCUUUUGUUUUGGGAUGUGGUGAUGAGGGGAGCUCAUAGGGAGCCUGCGUCUCCCCGAGAAAGAGCUGAGGUUCCCCGCAUCUCCCUUGCGCCCUGCAGCUUCCCUUCCCCUUCCGUCCUGGCGUCCCGAUCGCCCAUUAGACUGGAAGAGUCCUCCGUGUUCAUCUUUCCUGUCUCCCCUGACCUUAGCCUUGGCUUUGGCUUCCACAGACACUGUUGUCAAUCCAGUUGCAUUUUUCUUGGCGUUUUUUCCGAGUUGUUGCUGAAGUUCUAGAAAAGACAAUGCCUGCCCGGGCGGUUGGCGGGGGCCGGGGGGCACAGCAUGCUCAGCCGAAGCUGACUCGAAGCUGACCCCCAAGGGGUCAUUCUCCAUCCCUCAGCUCCUCUGCCAGCUUCAUUGUUGGCACGGUUCAUUUGCCUUUGAGGGGAUUGUGUUUCACGAGACACAUAUAAGACUCUUGUUUUGCAAUUCUGAGGCACUCGUCUGCUCUUUUACCUGAGGACUGAGUGCAAAGGGAAAUGUUUUGUCUGACUUGUGAAAAAAAUCAUUUUGUCGGCUUCCCACCUCCUGUGGGGAGCUGUUGUGAGCAGCAUUGACGGGUGCUAUUCUUGGUUGGCAGCGGCUUACUUGGUCUACUCGGUCGUUCCCUUUCCAACGUCCUCACCGAUCAUCUUUCUACAAGAGUUAUGUGCACAUUGCUAACAGGUAUUUUACUCUGUUCUGUGAACACUGUCUCUAUGAAACAUUGUCCUUUGUCUUCGAGAUGGCAGUCGCUGCUGUGUCAUUGUAUUGGCAAGUCUCUUUUGAUUUUUCUAUCUUCUAGGAAACCCUCAGACUGUGUUAACCUUCCAUAUGCCGAAUAUUAUAAUGCUGUGGCCGUUUUCUAGAGAGAGGUAAUUUGCAAGUGUGUGUGUCUGGAAAAAUAACCUUUUUGUGUAUGUGUGUGGAUGUGGGUCUGAGGGACAAAAUCAGCUCUGGUAGCUGCGUCAUGUACCCACAUGUCACUCUGUUUCUGGGUCCCGUGGCAGGUGGCACCACCGCCUGCCCUGAGAUGGGGUGGUCGAAAGAGUCAAGAUUUCUGAACUCCACUUGCUGUUUCGGCGCCACCUCCGUCUGCCCUGGAGGUGGCGCCUGCCCCCACACUGCAUUUCUUGUGGUUGUGCUGUUACUGGUAUAAAGUCAAGUGCCUUCAACGCUAAAGGCUCAGAAAUUUUUCUUAACUGAUCUCACGUCCUAUGCAAGUGUUUUCUACAACCUGCAUAACCAGUACUUUGUAAAACUUGUUUACGCUUCAAUUGUACAUAGUGUUUUUUAAAAUAAAUAUAUAGUAUUUUUAUUUAGGUACCUCCAAACUUGAAUUCGUCUGUGUGAAGCAUUGUAAAACGAUACAUUUCUCUUUUGAGUAUCAUUACAGUUGUACAAAGGUUUUCACUGGUUCUAUUUUUCUACCGUUACUCAGCAUGUAACACUGACUUUACCCUACAUAUAGUUGGCAUUUCAAAUAAACGGCUUGUA